AGCAAGCGAGCCCAAUGCCAACGAGUUUCCUUGGCAGUGCUCUUCGGGGCACCUUCUUCUUCGUUUUUGGACUCUGGUGGUCUGUGCGAUACCCCUUGAAGUAUCUCAGGCGGAAAGCCAAUGCUGAGAGCCAGCCAAGCUAUGGGGUCCAGCGCGUGGAAGUCUUCGAAGGGGCAGUCAAAGCUUUCUUUGCUCUAGCAGGGAUAUUGGCCGAGCAGUUUAUUCCCACUGGUCCCCGCCUGCAGCUGACCAGCCCCAAGACACACAGCUGGAUGGACCUCUCCCACUGGCACUACACCACCAUGUACCUCUUCUUCCUCCUCUCCGGCAUCGUGGACGUCGUCUCGCACUCCCCGCUCAAGCUGCCGCUUGGCUUAGAUCGGCUGUCGCUGUCGGUGGCUCUGUUCAUCGAAGGUUUGCUCUUCUGUUUCAAUGACUACAGCGAUGCUGCCCUGGACCACCACCUCCAUUCCCUGCUGGCCAUGGCUGUCUUUGCUGGAGCCCUCUGUGCCCUCCUGGAGGUGUUCCUCCGAGACCACAUCAUCCUGGAGACCUUCAGGACCAGCUCCUUCCUUCUCCAGGGCUCUUGGCUUUGGCAGAUUGGGUUUGUGCUGUGCCCUCCGUGGGGAGGACCGGGCUGGGAUCAGACCGACCGCAGCAACUUCACGUUCCUCACCAUGUGCUUCUGCUGGCACUACGCGGGCGCUCUCGCCGUCUUGGCAGCAAACUCUGCCACAUCUCGCUGCUGCAAUGAGUCCUGCCAGCUGAAACUCGGGGACAUCGACGUGGAGCUGGACUGUGGCAUGUGCAUCCGCAAAGGCAACAAGAGGUCCAGCGGCGCCCUGCUGCCAGAAAGCACCUCGGACGACAAAUGAGGCUGUGGGCGGGCAUGGAAACUUCUUCCCCGCUGUGGCUUAGAGCUCUUGAGAUGAGGUUUUGUAAUUAGUCUUGAUAAACUACACUGGCACUUGAUGGCAGAGCAUCAGAAGUGGGAGGCAGGACCCUAAAGGCGGAGCAUGGCAGGAGAUGCAAAACCUUCCCGUGCUCCCCUUCGGCGAUAGCAAGAGCGAACCAGGCUCAUCUGGGAGGGAGUUCUUAAUUUUCCGUGCUGCAGCUUGGGCUGUGAACUGCAGAACUGGUUUGCUGGUGGAGUUCAACUGGUGUGGCCAAUUUAGCUAUUAUUUUUUAACAUUGUUUUUGCUUCUGCUUCUGCAGAAGGGAGCCAAACCAGCAUUCAAAGCUCCUGGUGGCUGUCGCUCACUCUGAUGUUAAUGGAGGGGGUUUUUUUGUACAAAGCUUAACGUGUACAGAGCAUACGUGAUCACCAAUAAAGUACUUU